AUGGUUGCAAAUAUUAUAAAACAAGCGUUUCCAGAUACUAGCCUUACAAUCGGCGACGAAUCAAGCGAACUUGUCAAAAUAAUGGAGGCAUUCUGUGGUAUUUUGGGUCCUAUCAAGAUUGCGACCUUCUAUGAGAGCAAGGAAACGAAACUAAAAUCUGGAGAUAAACAAGUAGUAUUAUGGUACCAUAAUCCAAAACUCGGCGCACAGAUCGUACCCCCUACCGCUACUAUCAUUGGUAUCAAAGACGAAUUCCCUACCGGGAUGGCCUGUCAACAUCAUCUCCUAACAAGCCCUAACGAUAUGGGAGAUAUAAGAUUUUUUCAUUUUUGGCGCCGCUUAAUAGAGUUUACAAAGACAGCCGGUCAACCCUCAGAUCGCAAGGGGCCACAACCUAACCCCCCUCCCUUACUCCAAUGGUGCCUCCCCUCUCCCGCAAGACGCUUCUUCGGAAGACAAAAAGAAUUACCUGCGAUCAAAGAUAUACUAUUACAAAACGGAGAACCAGUUCUUGGAAACCCUUUAACAAUAUAUGGGCUCAGAGGGAUCGGGAAAUCGGAACUAGUCCUCCAAUAUAUCAAGAGCACAGAAUUGGAGAAUAUUUACUCAGCUACGCUGUGGGUACAAUGCUCGGAUCGAAAUAUGAUCUUCGAUUCACUCAGAUUGAUUUAUAACGAACUAUCCUUUCGGUGUCCCCGUAUGGAGCACGAACUCCGCAUUCUUGAGAAUCCGUCAGGAGAGGUUACCCGCAGAACCCUUAAGGCCGUUAUACAUGGUAUUACAAAAAGAUUGACCGCACUUUCCCCACGCCCUUGGCUAGUCGUUCUUGACGAUCUUCAGUUCCAACUUGAAGGUAUCGAAAAACUAGCUGCUCCGAACGGCCAGAUGAUAAUCACGACAACAGAACCAAGAGGGUCAUCAUCAAAUCUAUUUGAAAUCCGAGGAGUUGGAGACGCUGCCGCUUUACUAAUAAUCAUACAGCCCCGGCAAUGCGGGGAAACCAUGGAUCGAUAUUCGGCAUCAAUGCUCAUAGACGACAUUCAAACUAUCAAUAAAAAAUUGGGAGGCAACCCUUUUGCGUUAAAUAUGCUUGGCGCAGCGACCCACUCUACGGGGCUUUCUGAGGGUCCCAAUAAUAUCCCACGUCCACCAAAUGGCUCCCGUACAACAGGAUUUCAAAAAGAUGACUUUUUGGCUUAUGCCACCGGCCCCGAACAUGAGGAAGCAGAGCAUAUUUUAUCCGUGGUGAAUCUUGCAUUUGGUACCAUGGAGCUGAAAUCCCGUGCGUUUAUAACGGCUCUCAAGAUAAUCGGCCACUUCAACCCUAUAGGAAUAACAAGGACGGUACUAUCUGACAUGAUCCUCGGGGGGCAUGGCGGUUGGAUGUACGUUUGUGACAGCGGCGACCAAGACGAACAUCAGCUAGAUGCGGAGGUCAGAAGUUUCUCAGAGUUCGAUGGGAAUGUUUGGGACAUCCUCCGUUUUUUCGGAAUCCUCAAUUCGUCUGUCGAUACAGAGACGAAUCAAUUCAGACUAUUACCGCAUCCAAUCGUUCGCACUUGGAUCCAACGCCAUAUGAGUGCCGCUCAAGUGGUGAAAUGUGUCCUAUUUUUAGGCAAAAGCUUAAGCCAUUAUAGAAUACUAUUGCAUAGCUGGCCCAUGUCGUGGCCUGAGCUUUUCAACGGAGAGAUGGCAUCUCAACUUCGAUGCUGCUUCAGACAUAUGGAACAAUUAGGAUUUCUCAACCCAGGACCGGAGAACCCCUUUGUGAAAUAUCAAGAUUCAGUAUUAGUGCUCGAAGGACUAGCAGCUGGAUUCAAGCUUUUUGGAGAUUUUCAGCGUUGUCUAAAACUCUCUAAGCUUGAGCUAGAUUUAUGGAAUGAUAACUCCACGUUACGGGGUUCCAGCAGCCUCUUCGAACUCAUUCGGAAAAUUAGUAAAGGUUAUUGGGAAACCCGAAACCCAGAGAAGGGGCUGGAAAUAGUUCAACAGGCCAUCGAUAUUGACAGAGAAGAUGUGAAUCCUAGGCUGAGAGACUUCCAAAAGAAAGAAGUACUAUACCAAAAGGAGCAAAUGCAGUAUCAACUUGCAAAAUUAAAUGGGGAACUGGACGAGGAUGUGGAAUGUAUUUCUGAUUCCGAAUACGAACUCCUGGACGACGAAGUCGUCGAUAUUUUGGACCUAGUCUCCGGGAAGCAUGAAGCCGGAAAACUAGUAGAGAUAAUAUCUCACUCUCUCAACUGCGACCCGGCUGACUACGACCCGGAUGUUCUAUUUCAGCUCUUACGAUUUGAUAUUGACCUUGACAUUGAGGUGGCAGUAUCCCUAGAAGCAGAACUAAUCAUCAAGGCAUUUAAAUCUUUUAUCAAAAAUAACGCCGACCUCGGCUGGUGCGAUCAUCACCGGAAUACGAUACUACAUAUAGCAGUCAAGGGGAACCAUUCAUUGAUAGUUGAACUUCUCAUGAAAUACAGUUCCCGGUUUGAUAUAAACGCAACCGAUUUUACUGGGAUGACACCACUAGCAUUGGCUGUCACUAUGGGCUCAAGAAAAUCCACCGAGCUUCUCAUUCAAGCCGGCGCGGAACUUGACUUCCGCCCCUGGUCGACCUCACCUCCGCUAUUGUUCAGGGCGCUGUCAACGGAUAUCGAAUUAGAAUUCCUCAGAUACCUAUUAGAAUCGGGCCUUAAAGACAAUAUCAACGAGCUGCAUCUGAACUAUGGUACCAUCUUGCACCAUGCAGCAUUUACACGCUCUGCAUCUGUGGUAGCAUUACUACUUGAAUACGGGGCCGAUGCAAACGCGGCCGACUACAUGCGACUCACCCCCCUUGCACUCGCUGUUAUGCUAGGCUAUACAGAUGGUGUUUUGGAACUUCUACUCGCCCGGACGGAUACAAACAUUCAUGACUACCGCGGUAGACAUCCAAGCCAGCUACAAUGUCAAGGUGACACUGUUGCAAAGAUUCGAUAUUCCCAUCCUCCGCGAUUUAUCCGGACCUCACCCGUGCGACUAUCAAGAGAAUCGAGAAAGGCAGAAGUUCUCGUUUACUAUUGGCUUCGGUCGCAAAGCUACAGACCUCGGGGUUAUUUUUUGGAAGUGCCAAGCCAGAUGUAUCAUAUACUUAUGCACGCGGAAUUCAAGGAAUUUGCAGUAUUGGUACGAGGACACGAGAAGUCUCUAUCGGUGGAUAGGAACGGAGGAAUCCGCUCCGAUAGGUGUUAUGGUUGUGGGAAAGAAAUUGCUUUUAAUGCUUCUGCUUUCGUGUGCAACAACUGUUGCCCGACCCUAUUUUGCGCCGACUGUCGCAGUCGGGACAAUAACCCACCUACGCUGACACGAAGGCGAGACAAUUGCGAUCCACGAUUUGAUGUCAAGUUGACUGAGGCAGAUUGCAGACCAAUAAUCAAUAGUAGAGGCUUCCAAUUCCGGAGGAUAGCGGUCAAUAGCAUAUUUACGGGCACCAUGGAAAUCUUUAAAGCCAUGCAUCCUGAAAAGUACGCUCUGUGGAAUUCAGUUGAAUCUGGACAAAUCAGCCCCGUCAGAGAUUAUUUUGAGGGGCUACCAUUAUCAAAAAGAGAUAUGCUCGGUAUUGAUGCAAAUGAUUUUACCGGUUAUACAAUCCUUCACUAUGUUGCCGAAGAGGAAAAAGAUGGAAUAUUCAUAUACCUGGCAUCACAGGGAGUGGCCUUGGAUGCCUCUGACAUAGCCGGCUGGUCUGUAGCCCACUCCGCUGCUACCGCAGCCCGCACAACUAUUUUGAAGUAUAUGGCAGCACAGGGUGCAAAUUUAAACGUCCAAGAUGUGUACGGUCGGACGCCACUUCACGUAGCGGUUCUCGAGGGGAACCUUGAAACUGUGAAGCUACUACUUGAACUCGGUGCAGACAAAAGUAUAGUUGACGAAGAUUGUAGGCGCCCUUAUGAUAUAGAAUCUAUUACUCCAGAGAUGAGAAGGAUUUUGUUGGAAUCCGAUCGCGAGCAUACGACAAGGCGUCCGGAAGCCUCACUUUUAAAGGGGGAUCCAACAUCUGAGUCUAGGAGGGCUAUCAGAGCGAGGAAGCUAGACCGAUCUACACUUUUGAAUUCUAAUCCACUUGUCUAUGGAAAGUAUCUUAAUUUAGCUCCAAGUGGUCCCUCCGGCCAGCGAAGUGGUAAUUCCAGGCCAUAG